CCCGCAGCCUGCCCGGGAGCUGCGGGGUUUGCGCCCGGCGGAGGUGAGGGCCGCUAAACCACAUUUCCCGGCGGGCCCGUCAGGCUGCCGCGCCUGCGCAGUGGUGGCGUCCGAGGCCGGCUGAACUCCCGCGCUCUCCCGCAGCUUUGCCUCGCCUCGCCUGGUGUCUCUCCCGACCAUGGAGGGGGUCGCGGUGGUGACGGCGGGCAGCGUAGGCGCUGCCAAAGCCGAGGGAGCUGCAGCCUUGCCGCCGCCGCCUCCUGUGUCCCCGCCCGCCCUCACCCCCGCACCCGCAGCGGGUGAGGAGGGACCCGCGCCUCUGUCUGAGACUGGGGCUCCCGGCUGCUCCGGCUCCCGGCCCCCUGAGCUGGAGCCGGAGCGCAGCCUGGGCCGCUUCAGAGGCCGCUUCGAGGACGAGGACGAGGAGUUGGAAGAAGAAGAGGAGCUGGAGGAGGAAGAAGAGGAGGAAGAGGAGGACAUGAGUCACUUCUCGUUGAGGCUGGACGGAGGCCGGCAGGACUCGGAGGACGAGGAGGAGCGCCUGAUUAAUCUCUCUGAGCUGACCCCAUACAUCUUGUGUUCCAUUUGCAAAGGUUACUUAAUAGAUGCAACUACCAUCACAGAAUGUCUUCAUACCUUUUGUAAAAGCUGCAUCGUAAGACAUUUUUACUACAGCAACAGAUGUCCAAAAUGCAAUAUAGUGGUACAUCAGACACAACCUCUUUAUAACAUAAGGUUGGACCGACAGUUACAAGACAUAGUGUACAAAUUAGUGAUCAAUCUAGAGGAAAGAGAAAAAAAGCAAAUGCAUGAUUUCUAUAAAGAAAGAGGUCUAGAAGUACCUAAACCUGCUGUUCCACAGCCAGUCCCUUCAAGCAAAGGAAGAUCUAAAAAAGUCCUAGAAUCCGUGUUUCGUAUUCCACCUGAACUUGAUAUGUCUUUAUUACUAGAAUUCAUUGGUGCUAAUGAAGGCACGGGACAUUUUAAGCCAUUGGAAAAGAAGUUUGUUCGAGUUUCAGGAGAAGCAACUAUUGGACAUGUAGAAAAAUUCCUCAGAAGAAAAAUGGGUCUUGAUCCAGCUUGUCAGGUAGAUAUCAUCUGUGGUGAUCACCUGUUGGAGCAGUAUCAAACUCUAAGGGAAAUCCGACGUGCAAUAGGUGAUGCAGCAAUGCAGGAUGGUCUGCUUGUCCUUCAUUAUGGUCUUGUGGUUUCUCCUCUGAAGAUAACUUGAAGAUUCUAGGCACAUUAUGAGGAGGGAAACAAAGGAGGCUUCUGCAGGACUGCAUCUCACCAAAGAUUUCCAUGAAAUGUAAUUGCUACCACUUUGCUAUUGAAAACAUAACUUACCUAUUUUUAGCACCAAGAAUUAUAGCGUUUAUAAGUACAACUUGGAACGAUGGAAUGCAUCUGUUACUAGAGACUGUAUAUAAUAAGCAGCCAAAGCUCAGGGGAAAUUUUUCAAAAAUUGAAUUUUAAAAUUUCUUAUGAUUUUAAAUACCUUGACAUUGAUUUUGCUUCCCAUCUUUGAAGUAAUUGGUUAGUUUUCUUUGUUCAGCCAUUUCAAGUUGGUGGUUGGGAUAUCUGCUCUCUGGGAUGGCAUCAGUUGGGCAGUCAUCUUUUUGGAAGAGAAGUGUGCUUUUGAAUGGAAGAUUCAAAGCAGUCUUUGUUAAACUGCAGGGUAUACUCUCAAAGACCAAAACUAUUGGCCACUUUUGUAUGUUGCCAGCAUAUUUUGAACUUGUAUCUUUUUUUAUACUAGCAACACUACAAAGGAGAAGCUACUCAUUUCAAAAUGGAUGAAUUGUUAUUAUGUGUGAAAAGACUCUAAGUUUAUGGUCUGUGCUAUAAACUUUCAGUGUAAUAAGACAUCUUCAAUACAUCUUCCAAUAAGGGGUGCUUCUUUGUGACAGUAUUUUUAUUUCUGACAUUCAUUGUAUUUGGGUACAUAGUGUGGUUGUUGAUACCUUGCAAUAGUAUUGCUUCUGAAAGUAAUAAAAAUUUUAGGAGAAUUUGAGAAGUUUACAGAAUUACUUAUUCAUUGUUUUCUUAGUAAGUCAGUUUAAUGUUUAUUUUUCUCAUUAUUUCGUCACUGGAAUAAAGAAUAAGGGAGUUUGAGCUCACCUCCAUGCAAAGACUUCAGUUUUAAAACAUUAUUUUGCCUAAAAUUAGCAUUGUGAUGCUUUCUAAAAGAAAUAUUUUAUAAACCCUGUUUCACAGCAGAAUUUCUGAAUCUGUUUAGAGACCACUACAAAAUUGGACAAAGAUUGGCAAUUCUUUGUAAAGAAUUUGUGAAUUGUGUAUAAAUUUAUUCUAACAUUUAAUAAAAAUGUAUUUUAACCUA